AACCCGACCCGAUCCCGACCUGGGCACCCUUGGCGAUUUGAGCUCCCAAACCAAUCGUCUUCUUCGCCCCACCUCCCCUCCCCUCCUCCUCCGCCGCCGCCGCCUCUCCCGCUCCCGCUCCCGCUCCCUGGGUUCCAGAUCGAUCUAGUUUGGGUUUGGAGAGAUGCCGCCCAAGCACCGCGGGUCCAGCCGCGGGCCGCCGCCCCCGAGCGGGAAGAACAUGCCGGCCAUCGGCGCCUCAGAGAAGAAGACGACUCCAAAUCUGCGCCGUUUGGCCGUGUCAACCAUCAACGACAUCGUCGACGUAUCCGCUGGUAUUGACUCGACCACUCCAAAAGGUCGUCGUUUCGCGGUGCUAGGUGAACUUGAUGACGAUGAUGAUGAUGUAAUGGAUUCGUGUGUCCCGGGGCUUUCUGGCCUCUCUGGUCCUUCCCAAGAGAAGGCGGCGCCACACAACAAGCAGGCCAAGAAGAAGAAGACAUGGGUUCCACCUAGGAGGAAAAAAAGCUUCCGUUUUUCUAAGGCCCUCAACAGUCCUGCAGACCAGGAUGAUGAUACCGAACAAGAUUACAGCGUUCCAGUUGCAAUCGCAACCGAAUGCAAUGAUGCUACCAUGGAGAAAAAUGUGGAGGAAGCCAACCUUCUCACUCAGGAGCUGAAUGAAUUGGGUUUGGGAGAAGAUAUUAGCACUGACAAGUUCCGUGGUUACUUGCGCCAGCUGCCUCAAGAACAAGACUCUCCUGUUGAUACUUCUACUCAAUUGGAUUUCAAUCAGCUCGAUGCUCAAAAUGAACUCCAUGAACUGUAUCGUGUGAAGUAUUACAAGUCGUUACAGCAAGUGUCUGGAACUAGGAGUAAGCUGGACCAUGAUGAAAUGAUAAAUCAAUACCCUUUUGACAUGUCUAAGCAGCUGGAGGAGGUCCUUAUAUGCUUUGAAAAUGAUGGCACACUUGAUUCUGUUGAUGAUGAGGUCCUCUGGGAGGUUCUUAAGUGCUUUGAUUACAUAUUUGUUUGGUACUUCCACCCUGAGUAUUGCAAGCUUGCUGCACUUGUUGACUAUCAACGUCUAGUCAUUAAAAAUGAUGGUUGCAUGUAUGCCAAUUGGGAUAAAUAUCAUAUGUAUUUUAAUACAUAUGAUGUUGAAAAACAGUAUGUGAAAUAUUAUGGUGAAUUAUCAAAGAAACUUAAGUGGAUGGAAGAUUAUGUGUUACUUGAGCGGCCAUCUCUUAAGUGGGGAAGAGUAAGCAACAGAGGACUUUACCAAGCAGUUAAGAUAGCUACUGGAUUCCCCAAGAUUACUGCCAGGAAUUUGUAUCUAGCAUGAACUAUGAUGUUUGUUUUUUUAAGGAGCUAGAUGAUGUAUAUUUUGAGAUUUGGCAGCGGGUUACCAAGCAAAAGAUGAGUUUCAGAGAUGCAAUGAAGGAAGUCUAUGAACUGAACAGGUUUCCAGUACGACAACAAAAAAUGAAAUAUGUACUGGAGAUCAAUGACUGCUCUCAAUGGGAAGCGGAGUUUCAUACUUGUACGGCUUGCAUUACAGAGGAAGUUGCAGAGGAUCAAGUUCUGGGGCUAAUUGCAGACGCAGUUAAGAAGCUGAGGGAUAAACCGCGGUUCUAUGAUGACUACAUCAAAAAGAAGAUAAACAUUGCCCAAGCUAUUGGACUGAUCACCACAGAAGAGGCUUAGUUUCACUUUUUUUUUUCAUCUGUUUAUGUAAUAUUGGUUAACUAUUGGUUAAGUUGGUAGUGGACACGAUGUGGCUUUUGUAUGAUAUUUGCUGGUUAAGGUGGUAGUGGACACCGUAUGUUUUUUGUAGGAUAUUGGUUAGCUGCUUGUUAAGGUGGUAGUGGCACCACAUGUCUUUUGUAGUGAACAACAAUACUUGAUUGUUGCAUGAUGCUCGCUGAUUUGUGAUGCAUGAUGGCAAAUUUGGAUUAAUGAUGCUGAUUUCUGAUGGCAUA